CACGAAUCGAACCAAGAAGCGAUGGCGUCAAACCAACCACCAUCGACACCAUCAACCCCACGAGCAUUAAGAUCACGAUCAAAUGUACCUCCUCCUCUUACUCCCAGUACACCUAGACGUGCUGGCACCGAACCAGCGAGCGGCUCGGUAGAAUGGCAACCAGGAGUGUACCGCAACUUCCAACUACCAUGGGUCAGCAACCUUACCGUUCUCGAAGCAGUCAACGUCGCUCGAGAAAUGGGGCCAGCUGCCAGAGUUGAUUACUACAACCAGCAAAUGGAAUUACUUGGGCAGUUCGUCUUCGAGACAAUGAACGUGGUUAUGGCAUUCAACAACCAUGUGCAGAAUGACAGUGCUGCGAUGGAAGCUCAUGGCAAUGGAGAUGAAGAAGAAGGGCGACGCUUGUGGCGAGAGAAGCACUCGUUCAUUGCAGAUGUCAAGAUUUACAAGGACAAACAAUUGAAAGAGAUAGGUGCAGCACAAAAGGCAGUCGUGGACAACUGGGGUAAGAUCGGGGAAUCACUUCGAGACAAGGUCUUUGGGGUCUAUCAGCCAAAUGGUUGGAGUGGACGGACAAGCAUUACUCGAUUGGCAAUUAUAGCUAAGAGGGUUCCGUGGGAUCUCUGCAUAAACAUUGUCAACGCGGCUUUCUAUUCAAGAAUCGUUUAUCCAACUAGGGGACAGUCAAAGGAACGAUGGAUAACUGGGGCAGAUUUCAUCCGACUGGAAUCAGUGGUUCGACAAUACUUUGGCAAGCACUUUGCAAAAGAAACUCUGCAUGCUAGUGAUCGGGAGAACGAGCGUAGGAAGUUUCAUGAACAACAUGCAGCAACGGCAGCAAAGCACAUUCCCACUAUAUGGGCCAAGGAAAACGGUUUUGUCGUUAAUGCGGAUACUGGAUUACUAUUACCAGAAGCAGACAAAGGAUUUGUUUUACCACCAGCAAUGCAACAGAAGAUCAGAGAACUACGAUCUCCGUCAGCGGCAUCGCCUUCUUCUCGUGCCUCAUCGAUUCUGUCAACUAUGAAUGAAGAAGAAAUUGAUGCAAUGGAGGGGGUAUUGCCAACUGGGGUGGUGACGCCAAUGAAGAAAGGUUCUCGACGAUCCCCAUCGGUGAACCUGUCGCCGCAACCUAAUGUAGCAAUGCGCACUACUGAGGAUCCCGACCCAGUUCUCUGAGGAAGAUUUCAACCGAUUGCAGAAGAUAUUACCUAAAGCGCAUGUGGAAGCUCUCCAUUCAUUGCGAUAACAGGCAAUUUUACGUUCGACUGCUUCUCAUGGGUGUUCGAAGACCCAGAGUUAGUCCACAUACUGGA